CUGAGCUGAUGGAGGAGGAUCUUAAGGAUAAACUAUGUCCGCCUUGUUUUUCUGGAGAAGCACCUCGUUUUUACUGGUGUCUACUUUGCUCCAGAGCACCGUUAUAAGAGCUCUCCAGGUGAUUGGAGGAAACAUGACCGUGGUGCACGGAGGGACGACCAUCUUACCGUGCAAACUCAUCGACACUACGGAGCCCAUCACCCAGAUAUCAUGGCGGAAGGAACCUCAGAAUGAUAAUUUCUUCACAAUCUUGCCUCCCAAUGAGGCAAAAUUUGUCAACGGACGUGAUGAUCGAUUUGAAUUUAUUGGGAACUUUGGUGACAACAAUGGAUCUCUACGGUUAUCCAAUGUCAAAUUGACCGAUGAAGCCACCUUCACGUGCAUCUUCACUCUGUUCCCCAGCGGAAAUGUCCAUACAGCGAUACCUCUAAACUUGCUUGUGCCUCCGUUCACAAGCGUGAAGGAUAAUUUUCCUACUUUGGGUAACGAAGAGGUUUCCCUCGGUACUUGCAUUGCUGCUGGUUCCAAGCCUCCUGCAAAGGUGCAAUGGCUCACUGGUACGUUGGGAGAUAAAGUGAGGGCAACUAUCCACUUCACCCAGCAUGCCAACGGUACCACUACCACUGUCAGCUCGCUGUUUGGAGUACCCACCAGAGAAAUCAACGGUCACAUGGUCACGUGUGUCAUCACGGGUGCAGCCAUGUCGAAAGAAGAACGCCUACCCUUCACCAUACAAAUCCUCUUCUCACCCAUUGAAGUAGACAUCCACACGAGAUCGGAGGACUCAUUUGAAUGCGUCGCCGAAGCCAAACCAGAAGCAGAUUUUACCUGGAGCAGAUCCAACAAGACGUUGCUUCAGUCUGCGGUCAGAGUAGAGGGUGCAACGCUACGGUUUCUGAGCAUGACAUCUGACCUGAAUGGCCUCUACCAGUGUGAAGCAUCUAACCCAUACGGAAGAAAACGCAGCUACAUCUAUGUGUAUGUGAAUUCUGCACGUUGCACUGCAUGUUGGAUCCUCUUCAGUCUUUUGCUUAUCCUAAUUGCCUUAGGGGUUGGUGCAUUGUGGUACUCCUAUACAUCCGGGAAAUUUCCAAGGACAGGAGAGGUCACACGUGGAAAGAGGUUGAAGGUUCCAACUUCUAGCUCACCUGAGCCUCAAGGAACAGAAGAAGAAGCAAGAGAACUAUAGGCUGAGGGAUCUCUUUGAUAGGCGUGGAAGCAACAGCUGGCAUACAGGCCCCACAUCUAGCAUGCAUCAUUCAUCACACACCUGUUGCCCUACAGCUUUGUAGGGCAACAUCUACUGCUAAAAGCAUACCAGUGAUUCCAUCAAAUCCCAUACAACAGAGGUAACAACAUGAAGAUUUAAAUUGUAAGUACAGUUAUCAAGCAGAAGGGGUACCAUCAUGGCCUGAAGGGAAAAUUGGAUCAACAGUGUUAUCUAUCUAGGAAGUGGCUUUAACCAUUUGGCAGCUUUAUCAUUUACAGGUCUAACCGCCACAUGUUUUCCCACCAACAGCAUUAACUACUGAUGAUAACAACGGGUUUUUCAAGCAUGUUUUCAUGCACACAAGAAACUAGCUGACUGGCCAAGAGAUAAUUCAUGAGAAAUUUGAAUAAAAAAAACAAGAGAUUAUGGAAUGAAAACCUGAGCUUAUUUUAGUGGCAGACGCUCAACACACCGCAAUUAAAAAGAGCACGGGCAAAUAGGCAAAACGCAGACAAAUUAAGCAACACAUUUCUCUACUGACGUUUGUUUUCAGUAAUUGCAGUGCUUCUAAAUUGGUGAGGAUUUUCUAAUAAUUUAUAUAUAUUUAUAUAACUUCCUUUAACUUUUCUCAUGAAUAAUUUCCUGAACUUCAUGCCAUAUAUAUGUGUGUAUUAUGCUGCUCUUCAACAUAAUUUACAAAAAAUGCUGCAUUAUAUAAGACUGAGAAACUAGAGACUGAAAACAAUAACCUAUGUUUAUAAUGUUAAGUUAGGUAUUUAUUCAAGUGAGAAGCAGGAUCAUUUCCUCAUAUAUUUCAAUACAAUCUGACUGAAAAAAAUGCUUUGUCUGCUGACAUCUCUGACAGACAAAUGAUGGAUAAGUCUUUUGUGAAAGGCUUUACAGAGGACACACAUUAGUUAGUAUUAUUACUCUAUUUUGAAAUUGAGUGUAACUGCGUAAUCACUUAUCCUAUGUGGUUCUUUAUUUUAGGUAUUAUUUGUCAUAACAAAGCCAGCCAAGUAGUCUUUUAUUUUUCCAUCAUCAGUGCUACUCUGUCGUAUUUUGAUAUGUAAACACACCAAAAACAGAUUGAACUCAAAAGUCAGCAAAAGAGGAUCGUAUGACAUAUUCAAGUUCAGUCAAAGUCCAAAUGAAGUUCUAUGUUUUCCGUAUACCAACCACUUAACUGACUGAUCAGAGAAGGGAACAUUCAUCCAGGUCCACAUCCAAUAUGUGCAUGUUCCGACCAAGGCUCUUUCUUUAUUCAGAAUUUUCAUUCUGCUGUAUUUUUUUAUGUAUUUUGUUUUAUUUUUCAUUGAAGUUAAUGUUGUAGUAGUUAGUGAAAACAGUGAUUCCCACACUGUUCUAUAGUUUUAGGUGUUUUGUGGGAACUCUUUUUUUCAUUGUUUUAUUUUUUAUUAAGUCUUUUUGUGUGUUCAGCUUGUUAUUAUUUAUUUGUUUUCGCUGCAGUGAAAGCCAAAUAAACAUUACAGAAGCCUCAAGUAUUUCUAUAGUUACAUUGUGUUCACGUACAG